AUGCCCGCCCACGCCCCGCCGCGCCGCCCGCGUUUGCGGACGCCACCGCUGCUGCUGCUGCUGCUGGCCCUGGGCGGCCGCCGCCUGCGCGCCGAGCGCGACGGCGCGCAGACCUGGGCCCGCUUCGCGCGCCCUCCGGCCCCGGGUGCCGCGGGGCUCUUCCACGAUACCUUCCCCGACGGCUUCCACUGGGCCGUGGGCAGCGCCGCCUACCAGACGGAGGGCGGCUGGCGGCAGCACGGCAAGGGUGCGUCCAUCUGGGACACGUUCACCCACCGCCCUCCGGCGCCUCCAGGCGACCCCCCGGUAGCCGGCCUGCCGUCGGGCGUCCCGUCGCUGUCCCCGCCCGCCACCGGGGACGUGGCCAGCGACGGCUACAACAAUGUCUUCCGCGACACGGAGGGGCUGCGCGAGCUCGGGGUCACCCACUACCGCUUCUCCAUCUCGUGGGCGCGGGUGUUCCCCAAUGGCAGCGCCGGCGCCCCCAACCGGGAGGGGCUGCGCUACUACCGGCGUCUGCUGGAGCGGCUGCGGGAGCUGGGCGUGCAGCCCGUGGUCACCCUGUACCACUGGGACCUGCCCCAGCGCCUGCAGGACGCCUAUGGCGGCUGGGCCAACCGCGCCCUAGCGGACCACUUCAGGGAUUACGCCGAGCUCUGCUUCCGCCACUUUGGCGGCCAGGUCAAGUACUGGAUCACCAUCGACAACCCCUACGUGGUGGCCUGGCACGGCUACGCCACCGGGCGCCUGGCCCCAGGCGUCCAGGGCAGCCCGCGGCUCGGGUACCUGGUGGCGCACAACCUCCUUCUGGCUCAUGCCAAAAUCUGGCAUCUCUACAAUACUUCUUUCCGCCCCACUCAGGGAGGCCAGGUGUCCAUUGCCCUGAGCUCCCACUGGAUCAGUCCUCGAAGAAUGACUGAACAUAGCAUCAAAGAAUGUCAGAAAUCUCUUGACUUUGUCCUAGGCUGGUUUGCCAAACCCAUAUUUAUUGAUGGGGACUAUCCUGAGAGCAUGAAGAAUAACCUUUCAUCUCUUCUGCCUGAUUUUACUGAAUCUGAGAAAAAGUUCAUCAAGGGAACAGCCGACUUUUUUGCUCUUUCCUUUGGACCAACCUUGAGUUUUCAACUGUUGGACCCUCAGAUGAAGUUCCGUCAGUUGGAAUCUCCCAGCCUGAGGCAACUCCUUUCCUGGAUUGACCUUGAGUAUAACCACCCUCAAAUAUUUAUUGUGGAAAAUGGCUGGUUUGUUUCAGGGACCACCAAGAGAGAUGAUGCCAAAUAUAUGUAUUACCUCAAAAAAUUCAUAAUGGAAACCUUAAAAGCCAUCAGGCUGGACGGGGUGGAUGUCAUCGGGUACACAGCGUGGUCCCUCAUGGAUGGCUUCGAGUGGCACAGAGGCUACAGCAUCAGACGUGGACUCUUCUACGUCGACUUUCUAAGCCAGGAUAAGAAGUUGUUGCCAAAGUCUUCAGCCUUGUUCUACCAGAAGCUGAUAGAGAAAAAUGGCUUCCCUCCUUUACCUGAAAAUCAACCCCUAGAAGGGACAUUUCCCUGUGACUUUGCUUGGGGAAUUGUUGACAACUACAUUCAAGUGGACACCACUCUGUCUCAGUUUACCGACCCCAGCGUUUACCUGUGGGAUGUCCACCACAGUAAAAGGCUUAUUAAGGUGGACGGGGUUGUGACCAAGAAGAGGAAAUCCUAUUGCGUUGACUUCGCCGCCAUCCGGCCCCAGAUCGCCUUACUCCAGGAAAUGCAUGUGUCGCAUUUCCACUUCUCCCUGGACUGGGCGCUGAUCCUGCCGCUGGGGAACCAGUCCCAGGUCAACCGCACGGUCCUGCGCUACUAUCGCUGCGUGGCCAGCGAGCUCGUGCGCGCCAACAUCACCCCGGUGGUGGCCCUGUGGCGCCCCGCCGCCCCGCACCAGGGACUGCCGCCACCCCUGGCCCGGCACGGCGCCUGGGAGAACCCUCACACCGCCCUGGCUUUUGCGGAGUACGCCAGCCUGUGCUUUCAAGACCUCGGCCACCACGUCAAGUUCUGGAUCACGAUGAACGAGCCGUCCACGCGGAACAUGACGUAUAGCGCGGGGCACCACCUCCUGAAGGCCCACGCGUUGGCCUGGCGCGUGUACGAUGAGAAGUUUAGGCGCUCUCAGAAGGGUAAAAUAUCCAUCGCCCUGCAGGCGGAUUGGAUAGAACCAGCCUGCCCUCUCUCCCCAAAAGACCAGGAAGUGGCCGAGCGAGUUUUGCAAUUUGACAUUGGCUGGCUGGCCGAGCCCAUUUUCGGCUCCGGGGAUUAUCCACGCGUGAUGAGGGCCUGGCUGAACCAGAGAAACAAUUUCCUCCUGCCUUAUUUCACUGACGAGGAAAAAAAGCUAAUCCGGGGUUCCUUUGACUUUUUGGCUUUAAGCCAUUACACCACCAUCCUUGUAGACUGGGAAAAAGAAGAUCCAGUAAAAUAUAAUGAUUACCUGGCAGUGCAAGAAAUGACCGACAUCACCUGGCUCAACUCCCCAAGUCAGGUGGCCGUGGUGCCCUGGGGGUUACGCAAGGUACUGAACUGGCUGAAGUCCAAGUACGGAGACCUCCCCAUGUAUAUAAUCUCCAACGGCAUCGACGAUGAUCCGCACGCAGCCGAAGACAAUCUGAGGGUGUAUUACAUGAAGAAUUAUGUAAACGAAGCUCUGAAAGCCUAUAUAUUGGAUGGUAUCAAUCUUUGUGGAUACUUUGCUUAUUCAUUUAAUGAUCGCACAGCUCCGAAGUUUGGCCUGUAUCGUUAUGCUGCAAAUCAGUUUGAGCCCAAACCAUCCAUGAAACAUUACAGGAAAAUUAUUGACAACAAUGGCUUCCCAGGUCCCAAAACUCUGGGAAGAUUUUGUCCAGAAGAAUUCACCCUGUGUACAGAGUGCAGCUUUUUUCAUACCCGAAAGUCUUUACUGGCUUUCAUAGCUUUUCUAUUUUUUGCUUUUAUUAUUUCUCUUUCUCUUAUUUUUUACUACUCUAAGAGAGGCAGAAGAAGUUACAAAUAGUCUUGAUAUUUUUCUUAUUCACUUAUUUGAAAUAAUUGUACACACACAGCAGCUGUUAACCAUUUGUACUUCUCAGUGUUGUGAAACUGUAGAUUUCAUAUAUCUGACUUCUAGAAGACCUUUUUGUGGCAUUUGACAGAGCUUUUGAAAUGAGCAUAAGUGAUUGUAAAAUACUGAAUAAUAUGAAUAGUG